UACAUGCGGAACAGACAGUUGGAGAAUAUCGGGCACGGGUAGGGAGAGAGGAAAGGGGGCGGACGACAAUUUUAGCCCUCCAUUAACGGCACAAUUUAUACUGUUUGAAAUAUAACUGUACAACUACCAAUUUAAUCAUAAGAAGAAUUGAAAGCCGCAAACAUGGCACAGCCAGACAACCAAAGCAAGAGAUUCUUUGAGAGUCUGUCGGGAGCGGGGAAAUCCAUCGCAGUGCUGACUAGCGGAGGGGAUGCUCAAGGAAUGAAUGCUGCUGUCCGGGCAGUCGUUCGAAUGGGAAUCUAUGUGGGAGCCAAAGUUUACUUCAUUCGUGAGGGAUAUCAGGGUAUGGUAGAUGGUGGAGAAGAGAACAUAAAGGAGGCCAGUUGGGAAAGUGUCUCCAGCAUGUUACAAAUGGGUGGCACCGUCAUUGGCAGUGCCCGGUGCAAGGAGUUCCGGUCCCACGAGGGGCGUCUGAAGGCAGCCCACAACCUGGUGCAGCGUGGCAUCACCAACCUGUGUGUGAUCGGAGGGGACGGCAGCCUCACUGGGGCCAACCUCUUCAGAGAGGAGUGGAGCGGACUGCUGGAGGAACUGGUCCAGCAAGGGUUGAUUAAUGAAGAUGCUGUCCAGAAGUAUUCAGCCCUGCACAUCGUCGGGAUGGUGGGGUCUAUCGACAACGACUUCUGUGGCACCGACAUGACAAUUGGGACGGACUCUGCCCUGCACAGGAUCAUAGAGGUGGUGGAUGCAAUCAUGACCACUGCACAGAGCCACCAGAGGACAUUUGUGCUGGAGGUCAUGGGCAGGCAUUGUGGAUACCUGGCCUUAGUGAGUGCCCUGGCGUGUGGUGCUGACUGGGUGCUGAUCCCUGAGAUGCCCCCUGAGGACGGCUGGGAGGAGAAGAUGUGUCAGAAACUAUCUGCGAACCGGGCAGGAAUGAAAAGGCUGAAUAUCAUAAUAGUAGCCGAGGGGGCAAUUGAUUGUAACAACAAGCCCAUAACAACAGACCAUGUCAAGGAUCUUGUUGUCAGAUGCCUGGGGUUUGACACCCGUGUGACAAUCCUGGGCCACGUCCAGAGAGGAGGAACCCCCUCUGCCUUCGACCGUAUCCUGGCCAGUCGUAUGGGUGUGGAGGCUGUCAUUGCCCUGUUGGAGACUACAGCUAACACACCAGCCUGUGUGGUCUCUCUGUGUGGAAACCAGGCGGUGAGACUGCCUCUCAUGGAGUGUGUACAGAUGACUCAAGAGGUGCAGAAAGCCAUGGAUGAGAAGAAGUUUGAAGAGGCAGUGAAGCUGCGCGGCAGGAGUUUUGAAAACAAUCUGAAGACAUACAAGCUCCUGGCUCAUCGAAAACUAGAAUCUGAACUCCCACAUAGUAACUUCAACAUUGCUGUGCUGAACGUGGGAGCCCCCGCGGCAGGCAUGAACGCUGCUGUCCGCUCUGCCGUCAGGGUGGGCAUCUCUGAGGGACACAAGAUGUUCGCUGUCAACGACGGCUUCGAGGGAUUCUACAAGGGACAGAUAAAAGAGAUCAAAUGGGCAGAUGUCGGAGGAUGGACUGGGCAAGGUGGAUCUCUGUUGGGAACAAAACGAACUCUUCCUGCAAAGCAUGUUGAAAAAAUUGCUGAGCAGAUGCGAGCACAUAACAUAAAUGCAUUGUUAGUUAUCGGAGGAUUCGAGGCCUACCUGGGACUCAUGGAAUUGUUAGAAGCCCGUGGGAAAUAUGACGAGUUCUGUGUGCCAAUGGUCAUGGUGCCAGCCACUGUCUCCAACAAUGUGCCGGGUUCAGACCUCAGCAUUGGCGCUGACACAGCUCUGAACGCCAUCACUGAUACAUGCGACCGCAUCAAGCAGUCUGCCAGCGGGACCAAGCGGCGUGUGUUCAUCAUUGAGACCAUGGGAGGGUACUGUGGGUACCUGGCCAGUGUUGGGGGGUUGGCUGCUGGGGCGGACGCUGCCUACAUCUACGAAGAACCCUUUGACAUCAGGGACCUUCAGUCCAACGUUGAGCAUCUGACAGAGAAGAUGAAGGGAGCCAUUCAAAGAGGAUUGGUCCUCAGAAACGAGAACAGCAACGAGAACUACACGACAGAUUUCAUCUACCAGCUGUACUCUGAGGAAGGGAGAGGAGUGUUCGACUGCAGGAAGAAUGUACUAGGACACAUGCAGCAGGGAGGGGCACCAUCUCCUUUCGACCGUAACUUUGGGACAAAGAUCUCUGCCAAAGCCAUGCUAUGGCUCACCAAGAAAAUGAACGAGACCUUCAGACAAGAUGAAGGGAGAGUGUUUGCCAACACAGAAGACACGUGCUGUCUGUUGGGGAUGCGUCGCAGGGCCCUGGUCUUCCAGCCCGUCGUACAGCUAAAGGAUGAAACUGACUUCAUCCACAGGAUCCCUAAGGAACAGUGGUGGCUGAAGCUCCGCCCCCUGAUGAAGAUCCUGGCCAAGUACAAGACCAGCUAUGACGUGUCUGACUCUGGCCAGCUGGAGCACGUGGUCCGCAACAUCAGGCCCAAGGAGUCGGACGCCUCCAGCGCCAUGUGAGCCUCUGAUGUCAUAGGUCAGAGGUUAAUAGGUCCAGUGUGUGUCUGUCUGACUGUCCCCUUUAGAACAGGGGGCUGUUUGUGUAAGAGUACCAACUAGCAACAGCAACCAAUAGCAGCUUAAGAGUCCUCUGUUGGUCAGUCAUCAGUCACAUAGCGGCACUUUGUUUCUUUUUCUGUCUGUCUUUCAUUCAUCCCCAUUGUAAAAGUCCCUCCUUUUUUGUUAUAUUUACAAACCGGCGUAUUCAGUAGGACUAGGAAUGUCUGUCUGUCACCGUUGAGAGCUCUCCAGCCUAACUCCAGUGCUUCUGUCUGUUCUCACACUGACCCACCUGCUCCAACAACCCAUACCCCCCCCAGACCACUGCAACAACUCACCGUCGUCGUGUCUGUCCCCUGCCCUGUCAGUCACUGUGGCUGCGUUGUCAAUCAGUGACCCUUCGUGUUAAACUGCACUUUCUCCUUCCUCCUCUGAAACCCUGAUGUCUGUUCCCAAGACUAACCAGUCUGAGAAUAGAUAAUAAUGUACUGUAGUUCUGCCAGUGUGAAGUUACUGACCAUAUUUACGUACCUGUGAGACUGAAUGAAAUACAAUCCUGAUGUUGCAAGAUACAUUAAGAGCAGUGUUUUAUUGGCUGUGGGUUUCACAUCGCAAAUGUUUUGUUUUUGUUUUAACUUAAUGUUCAUUUGUUUGAAACAUGGAUAUAUUAUACAGGUACUAUUUAGACACUACUAAAAGUAGGAGUCAAAUGUAAUGCACCAUUAAUUUAAAUGUAUAAGCCCAAUAUUCCCCACACAAUAAACAUUAUUAAACAUGGAAAAUACAAAGGAA